ACUCCCAGCCUGACAGAAUUUUUUUUUUCUUUUUUUUUUGUGUGUGUGUGUGUAACCACGCCUAUACAGUGGCUGCCAAGGCUUACCCAUGAGUUAAACCUUCUUUAGUUGGUAAUGAGGAAGAUGUGGGCUCUAGCAGUGGACACCCUAAGGCAGCAGUGUGUGAAAACAAGCAAAAUAAAGAAAAGUUUGGCUGUGAGAAGGUGCUAGACAGCCAGCCAUAGUGACAAGGAGGCAGGAAGGUACAUCACCACCACAGGGAAGAUGAGGCUGGAGAGACUGGCAUAGGAGGGAGGCAAAGGCAGUGGCAGAGUGAUGCUAGGGAGUGGAGGAGUGUGCAGUGGGCCUGUGUCCUGGUGGUGCAGUGAGGUGCUGAAGUGCUCCCCCAAGGUGGCCCCUAACCCAGGUCCUGGCAUCACCCCAGAACCCAUGGCUGAGUGUGAACAGUGCAGCCUCAAGUUUAACUUUCUUCGCCGAAGGAGAGAAUGUGCAAGCUGUAGGAUGGUGUACUGUGGGUCCUGUCUGAAGCGAGGGGCAGGAGGGACGCGUUGGUGCCACAAAUGCCUGGUGCUGACCCAGUGGCCCCUGGACCUAUCAGAAGUGACAGCACUCAGGGUGAAGGACCUCAGACAGUUCCUGCAUUCACGCUACAUCAACACUGCCACUUGUACAGAAAAAUGCGAGCUGAUUGACCUGGUGACACGGCACAUCAGCAGUCAGCACCAGACCACAUCCUCCCGGCGCCCCCCACCAGCCCCACAGCACUCCACCUCCCACACACCCAACAACCACAGCAGACACAGGCCUGCCCCUCGCAUGCCUGUUGUUCCUCAGGACGAUGGGAUUAGAGUGCGGCCAAGCAGUAACAGUUCCAUGGGCAGCAUUCGAGUGCGACCGAUGGAUGGCAUCAGAGUGCAGCCUAGCCAUCCACUCUCCACUAAUGCCACAAAUUCUGAUCCUGACAGUGGCAUCAGGGUGUUUGCCUCAGGGCAGGGCAGGAGCUCCCAGGACAACCAUGACAGCACCUCUCCCACCUCCCCGAGCAGCAAUGCUGGAUGUCCUGGAAAGGAAGAGUGUUCCCACUGUCCCAGCGAUGACUGGACUUCUUCCUGCUGCAGUCUGGACUCGUGUCACAAUGGAACGCCCGGCCAGCCCCACCACUGCCACCACCACACAGAGACCUCCAGCCCCAACAGUGAGGAGUGGGUGUUCCUGCCAGAGCUGAGCACCCCAUCAGCUCCCCAGGAUGAUGGAAGGAGUGAGGGAAGGGUGAAUGGUUCCCCCACACUCCCUCCAACACCAGUGGCUGCAGGGAGUAGUGGUGCACAAGAAGAGCCCUCGGCCCCACCUCUCCAACAGCUUGAGCAGGAGGAGGAGCAGCCAUCUUUUCCAGCCCCUGCCGUGUCCUCAUCCUCCUCUUCAGCAUCAUCGUCAGCCCCCACCUCUGCUGUCUCUUCUCCGGAGCCCAACAAAGGGAUAAUGGCUGGCAUUGUGAACCUGGGGGACCUGAAGUCAGAGGAGGAGAUUCACCAGCUGAGUGUGAGGCAGUGCAAGGAGCUGCUUUCCUUGCACAGAGUGAACUACUCAGGAGUGCGGGAGAAGUCUGAGCUGCUAAACAAAAUCAAGAUCCUGUGGGAAGACUACCGCAUCUCUCGCAAAGAAUUUGAAAAUUUACCUGAGGAAAUGAUAUGCAAAAUCUGCAUGGAUCACGCAAUUGACUGUGUCCUGCUGGAGUGCGGGCACAUGGUGUCGUGCACCCAGUGUGGCAAGCAGAUGUCCGAGUGCCCCCUCUGCCGGCAGUACGUGGUGAGGGUGGUGCGCACCUUCCGGGCCUGAGCUGGGGUGAUGCCCGUCCCAGGGAAGGAGGGUACAUGGAGGCCUUAGUCUUUUAUAAGCAGAAUUUUAUAUGAUUUAGUAUAUUCUGUGGUGGAAAUCUGUCUUUUUGUAUCUCAGUGCUGGAGCACGUAAGUCUUGUGUGAGCUAAGAUGUGCAUGUUGGAUCCACACUGCUUGUUUUGGUGUUCCCAUGAGGAUGGAGAGCUGCCUUCCUUCCCCAGCCUUGUGUGUCCUUGGUGGACAUGUUAUCAUCACAGCUUACUUUUGAAAGUUUUGGGUAUACUGUAUUUACCAACAUAUAAAACACUUUUCAAGGAAAAUGCUUUAAAAAUCAACCAGUACCUAAUAUUACUAUAGUUAACAUAUGGAAAUACUUGCUUGAAAAAAAAAGCCAGCCUUUGUCCUUUGUUCCUGGGGUAUGUCUUAUGCAGAGGUGUCUUAUAGGCUGGUAAGAACAGUAGAUCCUUUACUGAUGACCUCUAUCCUUGUGCCCCAUGCUUUUCUCUAGGAAUUUUUGGCAUGAACAAUAUCAGUGGAAUAUGCUGUUGAUCAGGGAUGCUUUCUUAAUGACUUAUGAUACAGAUGAUGAGAAUUGGGAUCUGUGGGAAUGUGAAGCUGUUGAGGCCAGCAUGAACCAGUAGUAGGGGUGAGGAGGUGUUUGUGCCACAGCUUACGUCUUGAGAACUGAGGAAGUGUGUGCAUUUAGCUGUCCCAAAAGGUGGUGGUGUCCAUGGCUAUGGCCAGCUAAGUCUUUCUUAUAGAUACAUGUUUGUAAAACCUUUUUCGUUACUUAAAUUGUGUGUAUUUGUUGCAUGUGAGGCUCAUGGAUACAUGGGGAUUUUUUUCAUAGGCUUUAUUGGUCUUUCUCAAUAUACUUACCUAUAUCUCCAUUCUUUGCCCAGCCUGCAUUUGUCUGUAUUUUUUCGCUCUUUAUAUGUCUUUAUAAAAAAUACAGGUGCCCAAGUCAUUCUCUUUACAAAUACUUGAUUGGAACCUCUUCAGAUGCAGCAGACCGGUAAUAACUCUCUUUGUAUUGAUUUUUAUCAAGCCAUGUUAUUCACUUGUAAAUUACAGACAAUUACUUCUUUAUAGUAAGCUAUUUCAGUACAUUUGAAUUGUAGCUUAACAAGGACAUAGAUGCUGCAAAUCUGUAUGAAAGAGCACUGGUGGUUACUUGUGUUUCCCAUCAUAUGUACAUCAAGCCCAGACACAUCAUGACUUGCAGUUCUUCACAUCCUUUACACAUGAGACACCUGCCUUGAAUGUGGCUAUCCUUGAGAGACACUUCGUGCUCUCAUCAGUAGCCAUAGCAGGGGAUUUCUAUAAUGACAGUGUUGCUUCGUGUCACAAGUGGCAGUUUAGGCGAGUGUUGCCUUACUGAUCCCACGCUUAUUGAUUUGGAAUGUUUCCUUGUAUCAUUUUCCUGCUUUAAUUUGGCAGAAAAAUUAGUCAGUAAAGUCAAAAUAGAGUGGAAACUCACUAUAGCUUGUUUAUUUGUAUUUUGCUGUUUUUUUUGCAGUUUUGUCAAUAGUGAUUAUUAUUUUAUAUUGAUUUUUUUCUACUAAUAAUCAAAGCUUUGCCUUUUUUUCUUACUCAGAAAUAUAUUAUCUUGCAUUUAGUGUACUGGGAAGAAUUUAUCAUUUUGUAAGAAAUAUGCACCUAUCUUUUUUCUAAGUAGUUAGGAUGCCAUUAGUCUUAGUCACUGCUGGCUUUUGAAUGAGGUGUCCUCUGUGUAGAUAUCUUCUUCCUGGAUCAUGUUCUUUUAUCCAUCCAUGUUGUAUCAGUAUUAUACUCAUGCACAGGUGAUUGCAUCCUCCACUGAGAUGAGUGUGAUGACGGUCACCUCUGUGCUGCUGUUGUCCGCCAGAUACCUGUCCUUUGAAUCCACUCCUGCAGGGUUGUCUUCUCAUACACAGUGACUCCAGAUCCUUUUUUUUUUUUUUACACUUACAUUUAUGGUGAAUGUUACCCAAAGAAGGAUAUGAAUAUGUUAAUUAUCAAAGUUAUACAAGUAAUUAAUGAUACUCCAGAAAGCAUUAUCACUUCAUGAGGAUGGAGUUAGAUUUGUGAAGUUCAACAGCACAGUUUAGUGGUGGAUGUAGUUAAUUUACAGUAGACUUGAAGCAGAUAUUCAGAAUACAGUGCCUAUUUAUGUGUAUAAUUUGAGUACUAAACCAUUGGGGGCACAACGUUAAAUAUCUAAGCUUUGAGAAAAUACAGUAUGUUAUCCUGUAGUCCAGAAUUUUUAUUUUUUUUAUUUUUUUUGUGUGUGUGUAAUUGAUCGACUUAAUUUUAAGGUGUAACAACAAUUGGAAUUGUAACAUAAAGAAGCAUUACUUUGUCCAUAAUGUGUUGUUUGUGCAGGGUGAGGAACCUUUAUUUUUCUCAAGUUGGAAACCGUCAUAACAGGAGCAGGUUAUGAUAAGAAGCCAAGCACUGUGUGGGUUUUAUUUUUAUUUUAUUCAGAUAUCAAUCCUGUCUUGUUUUGAUGGUGUUGAGAGACUGUAAGAGAAAUCAAAUGUACCAGAUAUUUCAGAUGUAUUUGAGUCCACCACUCUGUGUGUGUGUGUGUGUGUGUGUGUGUGUACUUAUAGUGUAUAGGUCCUUAUUAGCAAUAGUGUGAUCCUGUCACCAUACCCAUAUUCAUUCAUCUAGACCUUCCCUUAGUUCAUGUUCAGUCCUUGCCAUCAUCUCUUUUCCAGUCAACUUGAGAUAUCUACUUACAAAAGGAGAUAUACUUUUAGAUAUUUUUCUGACAUUUCCCCCUUCUCAAAUUUUUCAUGUCUCCUCAGAUGUCCAGCCCUGCAAUAAUAGAUAUUUUCAAAUUCUAAUUCAUUCAUCAAUUUACAUGUUGUAAUUAAGGCUCUUCUGUCUCCCUUCUUUCUUCAGAUGUAUGUAUGGUGUGUAUUUGUGUGUGUAUACAUGUGUGAGGAAGUUUGUAUGGAGGGUGUGGAGAGUCAGUGUUUCCUGUGUUGUGAUACAUUAUCCCAAAGAACUCAUCAUGUCAGUGUUGUGUAGGCUGGCAGGGGUCCAGAGGUCCAAUCAUAGUUUGCCCUCAGCACUGUAGCUUCCCUGAGUCAGUACUUGGUUUGAGUGUGAUAGUAACCAGUGAGGUUGCAUUAUAUUAUACCACUCUUGUAAUUUUUUUAACAGUAGAGAAAAUAAAUUAUUUUGUUAUUAUUUUUUUUAUUUUUAUUUUUGUUAUUAUUAUUUUUGUUAUUGUCUUCCUUUUCUGGUACUCUCUCUUGGAGUGACAUCUUAAGUUUUGGAGGUGAGACUCAUGAUGCAUUUGGUAGUGCCAUAUAUAUAAAUGUAUAUUUAAGGCAGCUGUGUGUGCAGUGAAUCUUAAGUUUUGCUGUUUACUUACUGAUUACUUAAUAUUUGUUGAUUUUUUUUGCUUUAAAUAUGAAGGUUGUGUUGGUGUGUCAUGCUUAGUUUUGAGGACACUAACCAUCAAAGCAACAAUUGAGAGGGAUGAGGAGAGUUUCACAGCAGAUAUGCAGACUGAUACCUGUAUUGUAUAGAAAGCAAAUUAUUGUAUAGGCUUUGUGCUUCUUCCAGGCCAAUUCUCAGCCAUUAUGGUAGACAGAUGAUUGGUGGGUCUGGUUAGGUUCUAUGUAUCUCAGCAUUUGUCUGCAGGCCUUAAAUGUAAACACAAAUAUACAGGCUGAAAUGAGACACCAGCAGCAGCAGUUGUGGCUGCUUAUGUUACCACAGCCACUGGCCACUAAGUUGCUAAUGUUACUACAAAUACCGGUCAUUUAUACCUCCAUCUCUGUACCCGUCUUGCUCCCAGGAAAGGCAAAUGUUAAAUUUCAACAUUAUUCUUUCUAAACUUGUAACAUUGCUUCUUGUAAACUUCAAAACUUACAUUACCCCUUUUGAGUCAAUAGAUUGAGGCAUGUGAGAGUGUGCAUCAGUGUGAGUGUCUGCAAUGCACUGAGUUCAUGACCCUCAAGUCCUGUCAUAUUAGUGUCAUCCAGGAUUCACUCUGGCUUUACCUAUAGACUACUUGUGAAACCUUAACCCUGUUUGUGUAACUGAGGAUCAAGGUGGGCAAGGUGCAGUGAAGGGGAUAGCCUUUGUGCCCGUGUCGAGAAGGAGGGAUGUACGUACAGCUGGUGUGACAGAUGUCCCAUUGCUGCUGUGUUGUCUGGCAAAGGUUUGGUCAGUAAGACUAUUUCUAAGACAUAUAUUCUAUUACAUAUUCUAGGUCAACUCAAACUUUUGCUCAUCACAAUAUUGUCUUCUGGUCAAUAAGAUUAUAUUGUUACAUAAACCUGAACCAUCAGAAUAAUUAUUAAGGAAAUGUAUUUAUUCUUUGAAACUUGUCAUUACUUGAUAUACUUGUAAUAUUGCUGUUAUAUACAAAUUGAUGUCCUUAUGUUUUAUGGAAGAAAUUAUUAUAAAAUAAAAACGAAUACACAA